GAGCAGGCGAAAAGCAAAGGACUUGUCGAAACGAAAAUGGAAAUAGUGUACCUCUUAUGUUCCAUGUUCUACACUUUGGUCACCACUCUCACGCUCUCCCUUCUCAUUCCGUUUCACGCGCUUCUACGCCGCUGGGCACCUUCCACCCACAUAUAUCUCUACCAAGGUACCGUCUGGCACCAACGCCGCCACCCCGUCAACCAUUCUUUUCAAUAUCCUGUCCGCUACGCCCUCAUCGACUUAGAACGUGCGCCCCACGCGCUGCCCCAACAUCUCUCUGCCGAUGAAGCUCGCCAAAUCACCCAUACCAAUGGUCCCAUAUUGCUGCUGACCAUCCCUCCUAGCGUGGGAUAUGAGCAGAAUCCAUUGAGUGUGUACUAUUGUUAUGAUGUUGAAGGCACUUCUACAUGUUUGAACAAAUGCAUUGCUGAGGUAACAAACACACCAUGGGGUGAAAGAGUAUCUUUUAUUUUCAAUCCACACUCUGAUCUUGUGGCAAAAUCCUUGCAUGUUAGUCCUUUCAUGGAUAUGCUCGGCAGUUGGAAUAUUAAAGCAAAUGAUCCUGGAGAGAAUCUUAACAUAUCAAUUUCAGUUCACCACCCUGAGCUUGGAAACUAUUUUACUGCCAGUCUCAAAGCCAAAAGAUUGUCCUCAUCAUCGGAAUCAGAUCAUGCAAUUUUCUUUUGGUUAAUGCCUCAUAAGGUUGCGGUGUGGAUAUAUUGGCAUGAAAAAUGUGGCUUUAGUGCAACACCCUAGAUAUACAUUUCCCACAUACAGAGAAGAGGCUUUGAAAAGGGACCAAAAGCUGCAAUGCUGUGGAUUGAGUGAUGAGAAUGGAGAAAGAGGAAAAGAGCAUGUUGGUUGUCUGGGUGAAACAAGUCCAAGAAGCCGGUGGUUUAGAUGGAGAGAUGCUAAGUGGCCAUGGUCAUAGAUAGAGAACAAUUGUUUUUCAUUUAAUAACAAAAGUUGUAGGUGACCAGAUUAAAAGAAGUGAUGAUGGUAAACUUGUAAUGUGAAUAAAGUCAAUAAACCCCUCCUUAUUUUGCAUACAAUACUCUGCUUAAGAAUUGUUUCUUGAUUGAUUAUUAGUUCAUGACAAGUGUUAAACAUCAUGAAAUGUAUUGACACUCGUUCACACCAAUGGAAUAAGCUUGCCAAUUAUUAAUAUUUGCUUAAA